GUAAAAUUGAUACACUGUGCUGUUGUGUUGUGGCUUGUGUAUAGAAAUGUGGCUAAAUUCCAAUAUGUUUCGAAACUAACGAUAUAAUUUUAAUUUUGUACAUCUUAUCGAGUAAUUUUGAGGUAAACGAAGUUGCUAAGUAAACUAAAAGUAAUGUUAUCGCAAAGAUGACAGAAGAAGAAACUAUUGACAUCGAAAAGGAGCUGGAGGAUCUCCUCACCAAAGUGCAGCCGGACCUUCAAGACGUUAUCAAAAGAAGCUUCACUAAUGUUGCACUGCAGCAAACUAAAAAUGGAGAAGAAAUUAAAGCUGAUACCUUGGAAGACACCUCAUACUUUGCCAAAAAUACACAGGUGAACCUCUCACGUUUAGAGUUAGUCAGGCCACCAACAUUCCAUUUGCAGGGUGUAUCGUUGGAUUUGAAAUCAAUGGGCCUCAGUUUGCGAUGUUCUCUAGGUGAAGUCAAUGUGAAGGGGCUUUAUAGUGCAUUUAAUGAGAACCUAUACAACCUGAUACCAGUUAUGGCAGAAGGACAUGUUCUCAUGACAUUGUCAAACAUGAGUGCAGACGUCACAGUGGGUUUGGUGCUAGAAGAUGAUGCCUUUUCAUUCAUCAACCCCAGCAUAGAGUUUAAUCACGAUGAAGUACUAGUCAAGUUGUCUUGGCCUUCGCCGAAAAAAGGAGGAGGCUAUGAAUUCACGACUACAGAGCAACUAGCAAAACAUAUAGAUGACCUACCUCUGACAGCUUCAAUAUCUCUGUCGCUGUUCGCGCUGCUGCGGCAGAAGCUGCAGAGGCACCUGGGGCAAGUGCUGCGCCAAGCCACCAGCGUCUCCCACCUCAUGUGCUGCAACCCCAGCAUGCUGGAAGCUUACAGCUCGAUGGUGGAGCAGUUAGCACAGAACGGCAACCGAGUUGUGGACAUGGUGCUCAUCAACAUGCGACGCACCCUGCUGCAGACGUGUCGCGAGGUGCUCGAGCUGCCUCCACUGCAUGCCACCUUUAUGCAUAAGAUAGGGUCAAUAUCGUUCAUAGGGAAAUUAGAGACCGACACGGGUUGGCUGAAGAACUUGGCGACGAUCAACCGCAUCAACGACGUCAGCGUCUCACGACCGUGCCCCAUGAAAACCAGCUUCCAUGUCACACUGAGGAUUAAAGACUUGCAGAUUGGCUACGACGAGUACCGAAUCAAAGCGAUAGGCGUGUCGUGCGCGGGGCGCGUGGCGGCCGCCUUCACCAACAACGAGGUGCACAUGGCGCUCAGUGUGGGGCUCUCGCACUGGGAGCCCUACGCGCAGCUCGACGACCUCAGGGUGCAGUGCUGCGACGGGAUGGACCUCCACAUAAGCGGGCUGGGUCCGCUCAGCGGGCUGGCGGGCGCGGUGCGGGCGUGGACGCGAGGCGCCGCCGCCGCGCACGCCGCGCCCGCGCUCUCCGCGCAGCUGCAGCACGAGCUGCACACCGCGCUCGCUGAGCUGCAGCUGUGGGAGCUGCUGCACGGGAAACAGUGACUUGUUGACAUCCAGAUCGACGACAGAAUCUUCAGUAGUAAGACGAUCAGGUGUCGACGAGCGACCAGUCGUGCGACUGGUUGCAGUCAACCAAUCCGACGAGCGAUCGGAGCCUGUGGUUUACCAAACGAGAAGACCAGACGAGCGUGUUUACUUGGAGACGACACAAACAGCAGUUGUGCUUCUUGAAACUGAAAGGUAUCCUCACAAAGUAGAGUUGUCGCCACAAGAAAGAGAGUUAACGCGCCGACUGAUUGGAAGAUUCCGUCGAUCGAGGAAUGUAACCUCCACAGAGAUACCAUUCCUGCGUCCUUUGAACAGUACUGAGCCGACAGCUGCUGCUGCAUAGAAUACUUAAUGCUGCAUCUAUAAGUGUCGCCGCAUACGGGUCACGCGCGACAGCCACAAACGCCGCUACAAGAAGCAAGAAGGGGCCACGAAAGUAGCUGAAGCGCGCGACAGCCACUUGUGACCGGUGGUCGACACUUAUA